AUGGACACCCACACGGAAACAUAUACAAAACUCCCCUCAUCACGGCAAAGCCGCAUGAAGAUUGACUCUCUCCUAAAUCCACCCACCGACUCCGUGGAACGAGACUACCAGCCCGUCUCACCAUGCGAAACAACACCGUAUCAACAGGGCUAUCCCCCAUCACCAGGUUACUGGCGCUACCAAGGCUACCACGACACAAGCCCCGGCGCAACCUCAACAGCAACCACCCAUGCUUCCAGCAACUCAGCCGCAAGCAUGCACCACCAUCACCACAUGUUCCUAUCCUACCGGCCAAGCGGGUCCGCCCACUCAAGCCCAGACCCAUACCAGCCGCGCGAGCGCUAUGACUCCGUCUCCUCAUCAUCCUCGACAAACGCCGACCGUCGGCGUCCCCCGCGCCCAAAGUAUGAGGAAGAAGAAAUGUACUUUAUCUGGUACCACCGCGUCGACCUGUGCCAGGAGUGGAAGGAGGUUCGCGAGAGCUUCAAUCGCCAGUUCCCUAGCCGUCAGAGACGUGGGUUCCAAGGUAUUCAGUGCAAGUUCUACCGAUUUAUCAAAGAAAAGAAGUGUCCUACGCUGCGCGAGCAGAGGAGAAUGAGAGACGGAGAGUUCCUGCGCGAGGGCGCAAGUCUGGGUGCUGAUUCGGCGGCGCCGAGAUUUGGCGUGAUUGAGUGGGCUAAUGUUUGGUAUCCGUGGAUGAGGGAGGAUCGCGAGACGGCGCUGCAGAUGCAGAGAGAGCAUCAGGCGAGGCAGCAGGCGUGA